AUGUCAACAGAAUAAGAUAGAUAAUAGGAAGUCGAUGAGUAUAAUAAUUUUAUAUUAUAUUUAGUUUAAAAGAAAUGAUUGAGAUGCUCGAAAGUGAUAAUACAAGCAAAGAAGAGGAAAUAACAUAGAUGAAAGCAAAUCUCAAAAAAAAAGAUUAAGAAAUAGCUUCUCUUAAAUCAAAACUGGUAGGAAUGGAUUCUAAUAUUGAUCCAAAUGAUCACAAUUAAAAUUUAAUAAAUAAACUUGAAAGCUAAAUUGUAACACUUUCAUAAUAAAUAUCAGAAUUAAAGUAUAAUAUAUAGAAUAAAUUUAGCAAUAAAUUAGAUGAUAAGAAUUUAGAAAUUGAAGUGCUUAAACAGGAUCAUAAAGAAGAAUUAAAUAAUUUAAUCUCUUAGUAAAAAGUAGUAUCAUAAACUGAUGGUGAGAUUGAUAAAUUGAAAAAUGCUAUUAUUUAACUCUAAUAAGAAAAAAAUGAAUUAAUAAUUUAGUAUAAUUGAUUAUUAUAAAGGAAUAAUAAAGAAAUAGAUUAGAUGAACAAAAUAAUAGAGCAUCAUCAAAAAUAAAAUUAAGAGCUAUAAUUAAAUUCUCAAGUAUUUUUAAAUUUAAUUAUAAUAUAGAAUAUUGAGUCCAAAAAUAGUGAAAGCAAUUCUGGUUAAAUUUAAAUACAACAAAAUUAAGUAUAUAAUUAAAUUUAAAUUAGAUUUCUCAAUUACGAUUAAGCGUUGAAUAACCAUCUGAUUAAUUUUAGAACUUUGAAUAAUCAAAGUUUAAUGUUGCAAGUGAUUUAGAUAAACUAAAAUUAAAUUAACAAAACAAAUUAGAUAAUUUUGGAAAUGUUUUGAAUCCAAUGGAAUCCCCUAAAAGUUAAUAGAAAUCAGAAAAUAAUGAAGAAAUUGAGUAAAUGUAGAAUAUGAUAAUUGAUUUAUAAAAAGAAGUUGAGACAGGCAAAGCAAAAAUUGAAAUACUUAACAAUGAAAUCAAUGAAAAGAAAUAAUAAAUAUCAUCGUUAAUUCAAAGGAAUUAGGAAUUUUAAUUAGAUAUUGAAUUGAAAAAAAAUGAAAUUAAUGAAGAAUAAUAAAAAGUAUCAUCCCUUGAAGAUGAAUUGAGUAAUUUUGAAUAAAAAUAUGCAGAUGUUAUUUAGAAUAAGUAAAAAUUAUCAGAGGAAUAUUUAUAAGCUUAAUAAACACUUUAAUAAUUUGAAAUGCUAUAAUAAGAUAAUGUUCAGUUAUAGCUAUUACUUAAUUAAAAAACAGAAGAGUUAGAAGAAUUUAAAAUGCAUAAUAAAUUUGAAACUUAAUAUUUAGAAUUAAAAGAAGAUUUCGAGUAAUUUAAAGAAUAUGUACAAGAGUAAUUCCGAUUAAAAGAUGAUUCAUUAAUAAAAUAAGCUUAAUAAUUGGUUGAUUAUGAUACAUGCAAAGAAUAAUUGAUUAUGCUAAAUCAAUAAUGCUAAUUAUUAGAUGAUUAAUUAAAAAAAUAAAAAGAAAGUAAUGAAUAGCUUUAAGAUUAAUAUCAAGAUAGUUUACAAUAAAUAUAAUAGUUAAAUAACAACAAUCUAUAAUUUUAGGAUAUAAAAUCUUAAAAUUUAUUUUAUUAAUAAGAAAUUGAAACAUUAAAAUCUGAUAACCUUGUUAAAGAAGAGAUUAUUGCUGAUUUAUAAACAUAAUUGAAGAUAUAAUAAUAAGUAGGAGAAGAACAUCCUUUAAAAUUGUAGAAAUUAUAAUCAGAACUUUCUGAGAAUCGAAGUGAAUAUCUUAAUCAUAAAGAAUAAUGUUAAAGAGAGAUUCAUUAAUAUAAAUAAGAAAAAGCUUUUUUAUAAUCUGAAAUUUAACAUAUUAAAGAUAUGAUUGAUGCUGUUUUAUCUGAAAACACAUAAUAUUAACCUUAAGGUAAAACUGCUGAGUAAUAUUAUGAAAAAUUAUAGAAUUUUUUAACAGAUGAUAAAUUUAUUCUUUAAUAGUAAGCAAUUAGUAUUAUUAUUUUAGGGAUGAAUUGAUUUAAUUAAAACAACAAUUAGAUAAAUUUAUAAAUAGAACCUUCUCUGAUUAAUAAUCACAAAUUUAGCCUGAAUAAACAGAAUAAGAAGUUAUAACUAACUAAAUAGAAUUAAUUGAAAAGAAUACAUAAACAGAAAUAGUAGAAAGUAGCUUAUCUGGAUCUAUGUGGCUUAAUAAUGACACAAACAAUUCUAAAGAAGACUAAUUUAUAUAAAUGAAGUACAAUAUUAUAUAAAAAAUUAAGAAAAAAAAAUGAGGAUUUAGAUUAGUUAUUGAAAAAUUAUGAAAAAGAAGUUUCAAACUUGAAAUAAUAAAAUAAAUUUCUGUAAAAAAAGAUGGAAACUAAUUAGAAACCAAAUCCUUAGGAGAGAUUAGGAAAAAGAGUUAGUUUAUUUGAGCAAUCUUAACCAAGAAAAUCAAAAUAAUUUCAGUAUUAGAAUUAUUGAGUAUUAGUUUAAAUUUAUGUGAGUCGUAGUAGAUAGACGAUUAAUAAAGAGAAAGCUUAUUUACGAAAGAAUUAAUAGAGAGUUUAAAAAAAGAUAAUAAAUAACUUGCACAAUAGAAUUAGGAUCUUUUAAAUUAACUAAAUGAAAUGAAAUAAUUAUAGGAAAAAAAUUAAGAGGAAUAAAAUCGAUUGGAAGAGUAGCUUUAAUCUUAAAUUUUAAUAAAUUAAACAAGAAAUAAGAGUGUGGAAAAUAAUUAAACAAUUAUUUCAUAAAUUAAUAAUACAAUGAUUUAAUUAAAUUAAAUUGAACUAUUUUUAGUUGUUAAAUCUUAAAAGAAUUUCUAAUUUCCUUAUAUUGAAUUUAAUAGAAAGUAAUAAUUUAUUUUUAUAAUUUAGAUAAAUUAAAUUUUAUUCUUAAGGAAAAACCAGAAUUGAAAAACAAAUAUAUGAAACAUUUACUUUUGAUGAUAUAUUUUUAGACAUUUAAAAAGUGAGACAGUAUUUCCAGUUCUAUGGCAAAAUAAGUUUAGAGUAAAGUAGAAUGUAUCUGAUUGUUGGGCAAUCAAGUAUUUAUAUGAAUCUUAAAUAGAAACGCAAAAGAAAUAUUUAUUAUUGAUGUUUCUUGAUUUAUAUUAUAACAAAAUAAAAGAGUAGAAUGUUAAGUAAAAUUAAAAAAUCAGAUUAUAAAUUUAAUAUUAAGAAAGAAUAGGUAAUAAUUGGUAAACUCUUGAUUAAUUAAAGAGUGAUUUAUAUAUAGAGAAUGAGAAUUUAAAUUAAAGCUUAUAAUAAUUAGAUUUAACAAUUCAGAAUAUUAAGUUUUAUUUAUAUGGUAAAAAUCAGUAAGCAAAGAUCUUAGGAAAAGAGAAAAUUAGAUAAUUAAUAAUAACUUAGAGCAUAAUUUUUAAAGAGCAAACUUACACUCAAUAGUUUAUUAUGAUGACUGUUCCUAUGGUUCCUAGAUGCUAGUUUCCAAAAUUUUUAAAAAAGAUCUCUAAUCAUACAGCAACUAUGUAAUUUAAAUACUAUUGUUUAUUAACUGUUAAUCCAAUUUUAUUACAUUAUAAUUAAACUGUAGAUAUAAUGUAUUUGGCUAAAAUGAUUUAUGCAUAGAAUAAUUAAGAAGAACUUAAUAAAUAAAUGAAAAUUGAUGAUGAGAGUGUUCGAUAAAUUAGAUAAGCAACUGGUUAGGUUACACUUAAGAAUUAAGAAAUUGAAACAUUAAAGCGUCAUGUAGAAUAUUUAAAAAAGUAAUAAAAUGAAGUAUUACUCAAAUAAGAGAGUAAAUAAUAGCUUUAUUAAUAAAUCUAAAUACAGCUUUAAAAUAUUAUUGUAGAUAUCAAAUUAAAAAUGAGUCAAUCAAAAACUAAAAAUAGUAAAACUCCUUGUCCCGAAGUUUAAUUUUAUGAAAAAUUGAUUUCCUAAUUAGAAAACCUUUCAAGAAAACUUUCUCCUAUUUAAUAGGUAUUAAACACUGAUAGAUCGAUAAGUCCUUCAAUAUAAUAUUAAUGA